AUGGUGAUCAGGCUGGUUCCACCAGGCUAGGUUAUACCCUGGACAUUAUAUGGUGAUCAGGCUGGUUCCACCAGGCUAGGUUAUACCCUGGACAUUAUAUGUUGAACAGGCUGGUUCUACCAGGCUAGGUUAGACCCUGGACAUUAUAUGGUGAACAGGCUGGUUCCUCCAGGCUAGGUUAGACCCUGGACAUUAUAUGGUGAUCAGGCUGAUCCACCAGGCUAGGUUAUACCCUGGACAUUAUAUGGUGAUCAGGCGGGUUCCACCAGGCUAGGUUAUACCCUGGACAUUAUAUGGUGAUCAGGCUGGUUCCACCAGGCUAGGUUAUACCCUGGACAUUAUAUGGUGAUCAGGCUGGUUCCACCAGGCUAGGUUAGACCCUGGACAUUAUAUGGUGAUCAGGCUGGUUCCACCAGGCUAGGUUAGACCCUGGACAUUACAUGGUGAACACAGUGACCAGGCUAGGUUAUACCCUGGACAUUAUAUGGUGAACACAGUGAUGGCGUGUCCUUUCCAUAGGAGUCUAGGGAGACUCUGGCUGUAACUCAGGUCACUAUCAGAGGCCUCAUGAUGGCGUGUCCUUUCCAUAGGAGUCUAGGGAGACUCUGGCUGUAACUCAGGUCACUAUCAGAGGCCUCAUGAUGGCGUGUCCUUUCCAUAGGAGUCUAGGGAGACUCUGGCUGUAACUCAGGUCACUAUCAGAGGCCUCAUGAUGGCGUGUCCUUUCCAUAGGAGUCUAGGGAGACUCUGGCUGUAACUCAGGUCACUAUCAGAGGCCUCAUGAGGGCGUGUCCUUUCCAUAGGAGUCAAGUGAGACUCUGGCAACAUCAACGGAGGAGGAGUCACAAGGUUACUUGUGUCACAUGACACACUUGUAUUCUGAGGUGUUGCCUGACAAGCUGUGGAAAUAGCAAGUGAACAAUGGCGUGAUUUGGACUUGGAGCUUGACGAAAGGGGGGCAUGAUUUACACUUGGAGCUUGACGAAAGGGGGGCAUGAUUUACACUUGGAGCUUGACGAAAGGGGGCAUGAUUUACACUUGGAGCUUGACGAAAGAGGGCAUGAUUUACACUUGGAGCUUGACGAAAGGGGGGCAUGAUUUACACUUGGAGCUUGACGAAAGGGGGGCAUGAUUUACACUUGGAGCUUGACGAAAGGGGGCAUGAUUUACACUUGGAGCUUGACGAAAGAGGGCAUGAUUUACACUUGGAGCUUGACGAAAGGGGGCAUGAUUUACACUUGGAGCUUGACGAAAGGGGGCAUGAUUUACACUUGGAGCUUGGCGAAAGGGGGGCAUGAUUUACACUUGGAGCUUGACGAAAGGGGGCAUGAUUUACUGACAUAACUAUAAUCUAAAUCCAACUUUAAUUUACUCAUUGUGACACACUGAGGUUCUAAACUCUGUUUUAGACCAUACUGACUUUAUAACCAAAAUGAUCCCAUUUACACUUUUGUAGUCAAUUUUGACACGAUAAUAAAUGUUUCUGACUCAUAUCGAUGCCACAGGCCAUUUUUCAAAGGGAUUUUUUUUUAAGAGGCCAGUCAUUCUUUAAUGCUUGUUUGUACUUCCUCAAUUUUUUAUCUCGUGUGGGCCCAAAGGUGAACUUGACUCGUUUUAAAUCGGCAGGACACUUAUUUUACACAUGGGUUUCCCAGCCUAUAAAUCACAGUGUGAUCAGCAUCCUCUAUCUCACACAAUGAUAUGGUGAUGAAUUGUGACAGGAUGACACACAGUAGAGAUUUCAAAUGAGAGGAGAGGGAAGUGAUGAUCUUUCUCGGGACAGAGUGACUGAAUACAGGCGUACGGGUGUUUCAGCAGUCUUUUACAGCGACAUAACGAUGACGGUCUCCUACACCCUGGAAGUGGCGGAUGCUAAGUUUGGAGGGUUUUCCAAGCUGCUCUUCAGGUGGAGGGGAAGCAUCUACAAGCUGCUGUAUAAAGAGUCCCUGGUGUUCUGUCUGAUGUACAGCUUCUUCAGUGUUUUCUACAGAUUCUUCCUCACUGAGAAACAACAGCUGUUGUUUGAAAAUGUAGCCCUCUACUGUGACCAGUUUACCAACUAUAUCCCAAUGUCCUUUGUGCUGGGUUUCUAUGUGACCCUGGCGUUCAACCGUUGGUGGGGUCAGUACACCAGCUUCCCCCUGCCUGAUAACCUGAUGAUGGUGGUGUCAGGGAACGUCCACGGGGUCGACGAGAGGGGCCGGCUGCUCCGACGCACACUCAUGAGAUAUGCUAACCUCUCCUCUGUCCUCAUCCUGCGAUCCAUCAGCACCAGAGUACGCAGACGCUUCCCAACCCUGGAGCAGGUGGUAGAUGCAGGAUUUAUGACACCGCUGGAGCAUCAACAGCUGGAUGGUCUGAACUCUGACUUCAACAAGUACUGGAUGCCUCUGACGUGGUUCACUAACCUGGCAUCACAGGCCAGGCAGGAGGGUCGGGUCAGAGACGACGUCGCUCUGCGACUCCUCAUGGACGAGCUGAAUAACUACAGAGGCAAGUGCAGCCUGCUGUUUCACUAUGACUGGAUCAGCAUUCCUCUGGUCUACACUCAGUUCCUGAACCCUGAGAAGGGGUAUAAAGGUCACCAGCUGGACUUGUACGUCCCCGUCUUCACCCUGCUUCAGUUUUUCUUCUAUGCAGGCUGGCUCAAGGUGGGGGAACUGAUCAUCAAUCCCUUCGGAGAGGACGAUGACGACUUUGAAACCAACCAACUAAUCGACCGGAAUAUUCAGGUGUCCAUGCUGGCUGUAGAUGACAUGUACCAGAACCUGCCCCCAACAGAGAAGGACAAGUUCUGGGUAGAAAGAUACUUAUCUGUCCCCUACUCUACUGCUGCUGAGACCCUCAGACCUACCUUCAUGGGCUCAACAUAUGACAUAAGCUUUGAAUCUGGUCCGGCCGUCUCCAUGCCCUUCGUCUAUAAGGAUGAGUGCGGUGAUGUGGACAGGAAGGUGAAGGAUGUGUCUUUAGUGAGAGACAGACAGCUGAAGGCGUCUCAUCUGCAGACAGAACGAGGGGAGGGGCAGUUCAAGGUGGCUGUGGAACUCAUCCAAGCCAAUGACAAUGAGCAGAGCUCUUGUUGAAAGAUCUGGGCAACUUGUUUAUGGGUUUAUUUUUUGGGAUAAUUCCUGCAUUUUCCAUGCACCUGUGUGUCAAUGAUUGUGUGAAAUGUCUUCUACAAUCAUGUUUAGAUUGUUUGUAAUUCUGGUUAUUAAAAAAUGAUUUUGAAAAACAUUCAUUCUUUUUUAAAAGAAUAUAAAAACCAUUAAAUAAAACAGCUGUGACAGUGAUGCAUGACUUUUACAUUUGAAGCCUGAUUCCGUCGAUAUAACAUUGUAGAUGGAUUUCACGAACUAAAUUAUAGUUUAUCUGCAUAAAUUAAUAUACUGUAGGUAGUGAACGAAUCUGCCAAGACUGACAUACGUAUGUAAGGAAUAAAGGUGUGAUUGUUUUUUCA